AUGGUGAUAUACAUACCCAAAGGAGAUGACCAUCCAGUCCCUGAGGGAGUUGUAAGCUGGAAUAAAGUCGUGAGGACUCGCUAUAAUCCGAAGACAGUGCCAAAAGCCAACAUUGACUUGGAUAAAGAUAUGAUAAUCCUACCUUACUCUAGUGGCACCACAGGCUCUCCGAAAGGUGUUAUGCUCUCACAUCGAAAUUUUGGAACGAUGAUGAACAUAUACUUGAAACAUGAGUCUACUAACAUCGUGCCUCUCAUUGCCGAUGACUGGGAUUACCAAAGAGAAAAGUUGAUGCUGUUUCUCCCAUUUUAUCACGCCUUUGGCUUCGGUCUACUCAACCUUAGCUUGCUCCAGGGCUCAACAGGCAUCGUUUUCAAGCAUUUCGAACCGAAUCAGUUCUGCAGAGCGAUACAGGAUCAUAAAGUGAGUUGCUACAUUCAUAACUGCUUUGUGCAAAAUCGCACAGGCUACUUUAGCAAGUGCGCUAAGGUUUCCGAGAGCUUUUCAACAAUGCCUGCAGCUUGUUAUCUUUGCUAGCU